CCAAAUCCCCAUCAAAAAUGUGUCAAACAAUACUCCAAAUCCACGCCUGUGGUUGCCCCGGCCAAUGUCUCCGUCGUUACUGCGCCCUCCCCAUGCGAGGCUGCGACGAGCGUGCACGCAAUCUCGAACGCCAACACCUCCCCAGUUCAUGCGACCGCCACGCCCGCCUUCGAGGCCGCAACAUUCCCAACCAACCAUACGACGAUGUCCACCCAGCACUGCGCCGUGGCCCGAAGAGCCCCAGCCCAGCGCCCAGAAUGUUCGGAACACUACGCAAUCCAGCCCGUGACCUCGAAUCCAUUAACAUGCCAUCCGCCCGUUCCCGCCGCGGCUCCGAAGAACCACGCUUCUACAGCAACAUGCGCAAUAUAAGUGAGAUCCCACACAUGCCGCAAUUCGCAUCAUCGCAUGGCCGCCGUGGCUCCGCCGGUAUCUCAAAGCACGGUAACGCACGCAAAGCUUCGUACUCCGAAGUCCAACGCGAAGCAACCUACCAGCGUCAAGCCGACGUCCGCUCCAAACGUCACCACUACCAGCAGUGCGAACGUCUCGUUGCUUCAGGCCGAUACUCCCAGAAUGAGCUCAGUGACCAUCCUCUCAUCCAACAGCUUUCCGAACAAGAUCGAUUCACCCUGUUUUAUGACGCCGAGCAGCGUGAACGCGAACGUGAAGGUGAGCGCCGUUCCAGAAGACGAGGAGAUGGACAGAAGAGUCGCUGUGUUGUCAUGUAAGUCUCAAAGGG